AUGCCCUUCAAUACGCCAAAUUUCACAAUCUGUCGUUUUUCUUUUUUCUUAUUCACGAUUACCAAAUUUGUCGUUUUUUCUUGCGCAGAUGCGUUGAUUUAUCUGGUUAAUCAACAGUUUCUCUUGCAUUUUAUCUUUCCUUUUUGUGCUGAUAGCUUAUUUUCUUUGAGUUAUACUAAAAAAAGUUCUGAAGGGACAGGACAGAAAAGAAGAAUAUCUAUCUAUCUAUCUAUCUAUCUAUCUAUCUAUCUAUCUUUCAUUUUCAUUAUCUAUCUAUCUAUCUAUCGAUAUAUAUAUAUAUAUAUAUAUAUAUAUAUAUAUAUAUAUAUAUAUAUGUAUAUCAGUCGGUUCGUUAUCUGUCUAUCUUUCUAUCUAUCUAUCUCUAUUUAUCUAUCUCAGUCGAAUCGUUAUCUAUCUAUCUAUCUAUCUAUCUAUCUAUCUAUCUAUCUAUCUAUCUCUCUCUCUCUAUAUAUAUAUAUACACAUAUAUAUACAUAUAUAUAUAUAUAUAUAUCUGUCUGUCUAUCUAUGUAUCUCUUUCUAUUCAUAUAUAUCUAACUCUAUUCAUAUCUAUCUAUCUAUGUAUCUAUGGAUCUAUCUCAGCUUGGUUCAUUCUCUAUCUAUCUAUCUAUCUAUCUAUCUAUCUAUCUAUCUAUCUAUCUAUCUACCUACCUACCCAUAUAUCUCAGUCAGUUCAUUAUCUAUCUAUCUAUGUAUCUAUCUCAUCUUGGUUCAUUAUCUAUCUAUCUAUCUAUCUAUCUAUCUUUCUUUCUUUCUCUCUCUCUCUCUCUCUCUUAUUUUUAAUCUAUCUAUCUAUCUAUCUAUCUAUCUAUCUAUCUAUCUAUGUUUCUCAUGUUGUCUGUCUGUGUGUCUGUCGUGA